AUGGGCGACUCAAGCAAACCAAUCCGAUAUGUGGAUAUCGGAAUCAACCUCAGUGACCCUGUCUUCAUGGGUAAUUACCAUGGGAAGCAAGUUCACGACAAUGACAUGGAUGACAUUGUUCAGCGAGCUCAAGAUGUGGGUUGCGAGAAAUUCAUGGUGACAGGCUCCGACUUGGAGGAGUCGCGGCGGGCUUUAGAGAUUGCACAGAAGUAUCCGGGGUUCUGCUAUGCUACGGUUGGGGUUCACCCUUGCCAGGCGAAACUUUUUGAUGAAUAUCCUGGCGGACCUGCAAAAAUGCUAGAGGAGCUUAGAACGCUAGUGCUAGAGGCCAAAGCAUCGGGGCAAGCUGUUGCGUUUGGCGAAUUUGGUCUAGAUUAUGAUCGACUUUUCUUAAGCGCAAAGGAGCCCCAGCUGAAAUAUUUCGAAGCGCAGUUGGAUUUGGCGGUGGAGGUUCAGCUGCCUCUUUUUCUUCAUUCCAGAGCAGCCAGCGAAGAUUUCGAACGUCUUCUGGCGCCUCGUCUUGAAAAGCUUCCGAAGAAAGGCCUCGUGCACAGUUUUACUGGAACACUUGACGAGAUGAACCGAAUGGUUGCCUUAGGUCUCGAUGUUGGUGUUAAUGGCUGUAGUCUGAAAACGGAGGAGAACCUGGAAGUGGUCAAGGCCCUACCACUUGAACGGCUUCAGAUUGAGACCGAUGGUCCUUGGUGUGAAAUCCGUCCCUCUCAUGCAUCUGCAAAGUACCUCGAAGGAGCCCCUCCACUUCCCAAGGCUGUGAAGAAGGAGAAAUGGCAGAAGGGGCUUAUGGUAAAGGGUCGCAACGAGCCCGCAGCAAUUGCCCACGUUGCCCAUGUCAUCGCCAAGGUAAAGGGCAUUACUGUCGAGGAAGUCUGUGAAGCCGCAUGGAACAACUCAACCAGGAUGUUUGGGCUUGGUGUUGAUACGCCAUGA